ACACACACGUUGUUUUGUAGUGGGGCAUGUUUAGCUAAACAGAAGAGACUAGCGGUUCAUGCCCUCUAUUCUAUUAGUGGUUUUGGUUCAAUUUUUAUUCUUUUUUAUAAUUGAUGUAUGCGUCACUUUAGGAUUUAAGGGAUUGUCACUAACAAUUGGCGUCUCCGUUGUUAGUGAGGAAACUUAGAUAAAAAGCUAGCCUAGUAGCUCAUCCCUGUUGCUGGGAGCAGGGCAGCAUGGUCGCUGUGUUGGAGCUCAUUGCUGGCAGCUAUGAGCAAAUCACAUUCGGAUAUCGUGUAAACACGGAAGAUAACGAAUGGACUGCCAAAGCUGAUUUUACACACCACGCUCACACGGCUUCAAUAUCAGCUGUAGCAGCCAGCGAAAGGUUUGUGGUCACAGGGAGCAAAGAUGAAACAAUCCAGUUGUACGAUAUGAAAAAGAAAACAGAGCAUGGAGCCUUGCUACAUCAUGAAGGUUCCAUCACUUGCCUCGAGUUCUAUGGUUCGUCUCACUUGCUGAGUGGAGGAGAAGAUGGGCUGCUGUGUGUGUGGAGCACAAAGAAGUGGGAGUGUAUGAAAACGAUCAGAGCUCAUAAAGGUCACGUCACUUCACUCUCUGUACAUCCGUCGGGGAAGCUAGCGCUGUCAGUUGGGACAGACAAGACCCUGAGGACCUGGAAUCUCAUCAAUGGAAGAUCGGCUUUUAUCAAAAACAUCAAACAGAAUGCACAAAUAGUCAGAUGGUCUCCAGACGGUGACAGAUACGUGGUUGUGGUGAACGACAAAAUUGAUAUCUACAAGCUUGAGACGGCGUCUGUAACAGGAACGGUCACAAACCCGAAGAGAAUCUCAUCUGUGAAGUUCUUAAAUAACUCGGUCCUGGCUGUUGCAGGAGAUGAUGAAACCGUGAGGAUCUGUGAUGUGCUGAAAGCUAAAUGGGUUUGUGAGUUCAAGGCUCAUGAAACAAGGGUAAAGGCUGUUGAUAGUUUGAUGGUGGAUGAUUACUGCGUGCUGUUAACGGCCUCAAAUGAUGGUUACAUCAAAAUGUGGAAAAUCCACCUCAAUGAGGAACUGGAACCCCCUAUCCUACUUGGGGAAAUCAACACAACAGCUAGACUGACGUGCCUGGCUGUGUGGAGACCUUCGUCAGCGCAGCAGAUAUCCGAAGGUCCAUCUGAGACAGCGACAUCUGAAGAUCUCACUCAAGAACUUACCAAGAAGAAAAGGGUCAGAGAGACGAUGGAAGAAGUAAUUGUGAAGGAUGAGAGCAAACCUAAAAAGAAGAAGAAAAAAGUUGGCGGAAAAAAGGCGGUCAAACAAUAAAAAUGUCUGAACCAGUCUAUGGCUCUGUUUCAGUUUACUUUGAACAUUUGCGGUGCCAGAUUGCUUUUUUUGUUGUUUUUAAAAAAUAUCUAUUAAGUUCUACAUAUUUGUGUCCACACAAUCCACUACCCUUUGCUAUUAAUACAAACAUUCUUUGCAGCAAUAUGAUACUUUAAUCAUAUGUCUGUUUGCCAAAAUAUUCAGAUUAAA